CUGCCUGAAUAAAAAUAAUCUUGUUUAGCCUGUCAAGUUCACUUCACUCCAAUCACAAAGUCUUGAUAAUUUAGGACUCUUUUGAAUGAACUGGGUGACAAGGGAACAUCGGAUUAUUGGCUGGUGGGUGUGCCUAGGCUUCUAGCUAGACUGCUCAAUGAGGUACAGGUCGUGCUGCAUUCCCCGCACCAUUGGCACGUAUGCUAACCUUUACCAUGGCAGUACCUGCCUCAGACAGGAGAGGUACCUCUACAGGGCAUACUGCUCACAUCCAAACCCACAGGGACAAGAACCAAAGGGCCCUUCCAAACUGGAGGCCAUUCGACAGCACACACUUACCACCCUGACUAACCUGACGCAGCUCGGGAGACAGUGGGGCCACACCUCCAUGCAGACGGCCAGCGCUACAGCAAACUACUGGUGGGCGAGAUACGAGGAGUUUGUGGGUCUCAAUGAGGUCCGAGAUGCACAGACCAAGGUUACAGAGGCGGAGCAGUCGUUCAUGGUUACCAGAGGCAUGGUGCGUGAAGCGCACAAGAGCCUGGAGGCCCUUCAGGUGAAGCUGAAAGAGGUGAGAGAUCGGCUGGACCGAGUGUCUCGAGAGGAGGUGCACUACCUGGAGCUGGCAACGCUGGAGCACAAACUACUGCAGGAAGAGCGGCGGCUGCGGACGGCUUAUGAGGGCGCAGAGGAGGCUGAGAGGGAGAAGUUUGCGCUGUUCUCGGCCGGCGUGCGCGAGAGCCACGAGAAGGAGCGCUCCCGCGCCGAGCGCACCAAGAACUGGAGCGUCAUCGGCUCUGUCCUGGGGGCCCUCAUCGGCGUCAUGGGCUCCACCUACGUCAACCGUGUACGCCUGCAGGAGCUUAAAGGCCUGCUGCUGGAGGCCCAGAAGGGUCCGGCCAGCCUGCAGGAGGUGAUUCGGGACCAGGCCAGCCUCCACCGGGCCCUGGAGGACCAGCUGCAAGGCCUCAUCGGGAGCCUCAAGUCCAUGCUGACGGAGCUGGCGGAGAGGGCAGCCGCACCACCACCACCAGCACCACAGCCCUCCGUAGCAGCACCCACACCCGCACCAGCAUCGGUUCUACCUCCACCUCAGCCUCCGGCACCUGUUGUGAUCCAAUCAGGCAUAUCCGAGGCCGCCGUGAACGAGGUCCUGCGGUACUCCCAGAACAGCCAGGUCUUGCUGGAGGGAGUCAAGACGCAGCUGGAGCAGCUGGGUGAGAGCAUAAGGAGCGUCGCUACAGAGCUGCAGGAGGUGCGGAAGGUGGUGGAGACGCCACCUCCUCCGCCGCCACCUCCACCUCCUCCCGUCGUGGUGGAGAGGCCGGUGAUUCAGGCAGAGGAGCAGCUGCUGGUGUGUGACACGGAGAGCGUCAUGAAGGGACUGGAUGAGGCCCAGCGGAGGCUGGAGACGCAGAUCAACAGAGCCACGCUGUACAACACCGUGUUAACGUACACUGCUUUCGCUGUGACUCUGCCCGCUCUUUACUUAAUAUUCAAAGGCGCUUAAUAGCUUACAGGGGCGUAAAUUAUACCCCCGCAGGGGGGCCCAUACGCGGAGGGGGGCCCACAUGGGCCCUUGACUUGAAGAAACGGGCCCCCUCUACAUGAUAUUAGGCCCUCUUUUUUCGUUCAGGGGCCCAUUCUUGGUAGCUUGCAGGGGGGCCUGAAGUAUUUGCGUUACGCCAGUGAUAGCUUAGUUGUCAUUCCAAGGGGCCAUAUUAAUAAUAUUAUGUGAACAUAAUCAAGAGGACUAUGAGCAAUGCUGAUGGUUCCGGUCAGUAGUUCCAGUGGUGUUUAACAUGCCUUAUGAUCGUCAGGGAAAUCAUGCACUGAUAAAAUCAUGCACUGAUAUAAUGUAAAUGACAGAUCUUAAAAUGUCAAAGUAAUAAAUGGACAUCAAUAUUG